AUGGCAACCUACUUCCUCACGGGCGCGAACCGCGGUAUUGGAUUGGAGUUUGUAAGGCAGUUGGCUGCGAAGGGCGACAACACCAUCAUCGCGGGCGUACGCUCGAAAUCAGGUGACGUCGCAGAACUGGAAGAAAUGAGCAAAACGAACCCCAAAAUCCACAUCAUCGAAUGCGACGCCUCCUCGCUAGACUCCCUCUCCUCCAUCGAGUUCCGCGUCGCAGAAAUCCUAUCCAAGAGCGGCGCAUCACUCGACUACCUCUUCAACGUCGCCGGCAUAAACGCAACAUCCAGCGACACAUCGCUGACGCUCGAUCCGAAAAGCAUGAACGAGCACAUGCAAACCAACGUGCUCGGCCCGGCGAAAAUCGUCUCCUCGCUGCAAAAAUACCUCGCUCGCGGCGCUACGGUGCUGAACAUGUCGUCUGGGCUCGGCAGUCUGACUGUUGCAACGGAUAUAACAAAGUGCUGUACUUAUAGUAUGAGUAAAGCGGCGUUGAACAUGUUGACGGUGCACCAGGCGAAGGAUUUGAAGAAGCUGGGGGUCAAGGUGAUUUGUAUGGAUCCUGGGUGGGUGAAGACGAGGAUGGGGGGUGAGGGCGCGAUGAUUGAGGCGAGUGUUAGUGUGGGGAGUAUGUUGGAGGUUGUGGGGGGGUUGAAGGAGGCGGAUAGUGGGAGGUUUUUUAGGUAUGAUGGUGUGCCUGUUGCGUGGUAG